AUGCUUGACGAAGAAAUGCGCGUACGAAGAAAUGCGGAUACGAAAAAAUGCGCUACGAAUAUUUGCGCUUACGAAGAAAUGCGAGACGAAGUUAUGCGACACGAAUAAAUGCGCCGACGAAGAUUUGCGGACGAAGAAAUGCGGACGAAGAAUUGCGCGACGAAGAAAUGCCAUACGAAGAUUUGUCCUGGAAUCGCCAGGGGUUGAGGAGGGAUAAGCUGAAACCUUUCCACGUCUUCUCUGGUGCACUCCUUACACCUGCCUUUGAGUCGUCGCCCGGUGAAGCUCAGCGCAGCACUGUUCCGCGAGCCGUGCCGACAUGGCUGAGGCGCCAGACAUCGGGGGCAGUGUUACCCCCGGCGGUGGGGCCCAGGUGAAAAUCGGAAACUACAUCCUCGGAGACACCAUCGGCAAAGGCACCUUCGGAAAGGUCAAGUUCGGAAUCCACCAGAAGACGCAGAACAGGGUGGCGGUGAAAAUCCUCAACCGGGAGAAGAUUAAGAAUCUGGAUGUAGCCGGCAAAAUUAAAAGGGAAAUACAGAAUCUUAAGCUCUUCCGCCAUCCGCACAUCAUCAAGUUGUACCAGGUGAUUAGUACCCCGACGGAUAUAUUUAUGGUCAUGGAGUUUGUGUCCGGUGGUGAGCUGUUCGAGUACAUCAUCAAACAUGGAAAGCUGAAGGAGCAGGAGGCGCGCCGGUUCUUUCAGCAGAUUAUCUCCGGCGUGGAUUACUGCCACAGACACAUGGUGGUCCAUCGAGACCUGAAGCCGGAGAACCUCCUGCUCGACUCGCAUCUCAACGUCAAAAUCGCCGACUUCGGUCUAUCCAACAUGAUGAAGGACGGCGACUUCCUGUCGACCUCGUGCGGCUCUCCCAACUACGCCGCCCCCGAGGUCAUCUCCGGCAGCAUGUACGCCGGCCCCGAGGUGGAUGUCUGGUCGUGCGGAGUGAUCCUCUACGCCCUCCUCUGCGGCACGCUGCCCUUUGACGACGAUCACGUGCCGACGCUCUUCACCAAGAUCAAGCGCGGCGUGUUCCCGAUCCCGGACUAUCUGAACAAACAGGUGGUGUCGCUGCUGUGCCACAUGCUCCAGGUCCAGCCAAUGACCAGAGCGACCAUCGAGGAUGUCAAGAACCACGAGUGGUUCCAGCAGGACCUGGCGGCCUACCUGUUCCCGGAGCCUUCUGAGCAGGACUCGUCCAUCAUCGACCAGGACGUGGUCGCAGACAUCUGCGUCAAGUUCAACGUCUCGGCGGACGAGGUACACGCUGCCCUGUUGUCAGAGGACCCGCAGGAUCAGCUCUCGAUAGCCUACCACCUACUGAUCGACAACAAACGGCUCAGUGUCGAGGCGGAGAAGUUCGAGGUCCGGGAGUUCUACGGGCCCAACUCUCCGCCGCCAACGGCGCCCAUGAAAGUCGGUCCACUCGGGAACCCGAUCCCGACGGGCGAACCGGCCGGACGCCCUCAUCCCGAGAGAAUACCGCCUCUACGCGCCGAGCCGCCGGCGGCAACCUCUGGGGAGGAGGGCCGCCGCUCGGUCAGCGCGCCAAUGAAGCGCGCCAAAUGGCACCUGGGCAUCCGCUCCCAGAGUCGCCCCCUGGACAUCAUGCACGAGGUCUAUCGGGCCAUGCAAUCCCUCAACUAUACCUGGAAGACCAUCAACAACUUCUCUGUGCGCGUGAAGCACCUGAACCCGGUGACGGGCCGGUACGUGAAGAUGGCCCUGCAGCUGUACCAGGUGGACUCCCGAAGCUACCUGCUCGACUUCAAGUCGAUCCUCAGUGACGAUCAGGCGCAGGCCGCUAAUGCAGUGGCGGCUAUUCCGUCUGUUGAGAUCUGGCCACCGGUCGGGGGUCAGGAGGAGACCGAACAACCCGCCGCGGAGACAGCCUCCGCUGCCGCGCCUGCCGCACCGCCCGGCGCCUGCCUGAAGACGGCGCCCGCCUCCGACGCGGGAUCCUCUGCUUCCAGCAUGACCAGCGGUAGCUCCUCCACGGGCGCCACUACUUCGGAGGACCAUCCGCGUCCCGAGUCGGCCCCGGCCGCUCCGGCAGCGUCCAGCAACGGCGACCUGUCACACCAGAGCUCGACGGAGCUGUCGGCGCCCGCCACUGGGGCUCGCCACUAUACCAUGGAGUUUUUCGAGAUGUGCUCGGCACUCAUCACACAGCUCGCACGCUAGGCGGCCAGAAGGCUGGACUAGCGCCGCAUAGAUGUCGUCACUGUACCGCGCAGUAUAGAUGGCGUUGGUGUUCGGCUUUAUAGAUGACGCCGCCAUGCCGCGCAGUAUAGGCGGCGCCACUGUGCGGAUGCAUGCGCGACGCGGGAUGUUUGAAUUGUGCCAUAGCGGUAGAUUUCUGAAUAAUUGAUAUCGAUGAAUGAGAAGCCGCACGUUUGUCUGUCCUCCGCGAACACGUAGCGGCGCCGCGUGCAAUCAUGUCCUGAAUGUUAUUUUGUCCCCACGUGUGUUCUUUACCUAAAUGUACAACGUUUAACCAGCGCUCGCGCGGCAGAGGCACAUAACGCUAGGUUAGGGUACGCUUACUUAUUUUAUCCCCCGUUGUGUAACGUUACAAGAGGCUAGAUCACGUAAUUUGCUAGAGGGCAUUCUGAGUCGAUGCCUAACCGCCGUGGAGCUCCACAUGCCCUCACUUUGUUUCGCUGCGUCGCUGUCAUGUACUCUAGGCUAAGUCGCUCGCUCAGUUUUAUGCAUCUGACUGAUGUCGCGUCCGUCUUGUGACCCUUGACCCCGUGCUUUGGCCGAGGUCAAGGUCAGGAUCGGCGCCGGCGCCUGUCUGCUUUGGUGGUGGGAUUCGCGCUGGAGAUCGGUACUGUCGAGAUGUCUGUCCCUUUGUUUGUCUCCCCUAUGCUAAGAGUGCCGAAAACGCCUCCGCUCGCCCUUCGUGUGACCCAAUGUACCGGUGCAAUGACCUCCGUGUACCCCGCGCUAGGGUGUCCGUACCGCCUGCACCGCAUGCGUACUCCACCUGUACCACCGCUGGUGUACCAGGGAGUACUGUACCGCGUACCGGGAGUACUAGUUCCCGUACUGCGAGAUAAUCCGCAAGCUAGACGAACUCAAAACCUCAGUCUGCAAGCGUUGAGUCUAUAUCUCGCGAUGCUAAAACGCCCGGUCUUUUGUGCUUUCCAACGCGCGAGGAGUCUGUUUUAGCCUGGAGGAGCUGUAUGGCACUGUACUGUAUCUGUCAGUUUAUUCGGUGGUGGGUUCAAUAUUGUGUAGGCUCGCCUCGCGAGCCACGUCCCAGCUCGUAUGCUGACUGGGGCGCCUUUGGUGCUGUGCCAUUCUUGAAACCUAAAACCCCUCUUGGCCCAAUGAGUAUUUCGGCAACAAGCGGCACCACGCAGCUGCUAUUCUUUAGAGAUCGCCAUCUUUGGCGCUCGUCUCCCUUCGACUGGCUGUCGUUUCUAGAGAGAUCGCGAGCGGGGCUGGCCAAUGAAAGAGCCGCCCCUGUGCUUUAUCAGAGUUAUAUAUACGUGCUGUGUGCUGAAAAUGUAUGGUUUGUCGGAAUCAAUAAACGGGAAAUGUAUUCUGGA